UCCACAAUGGAUUUCCAUUUUUGCAAUAGAAUAUGCUAAUACCCCAAUAGAAAUUAUGGACUUUUCAGAUGAAGAAUGCACUGGCCCGGGUAUAGAUAUUGCGGACCAGGUACCGACAUCAAAGCCAGCGACAGGAAAGGAGGACCAGUCAACAAGCUCGACGCAAUCUGCAGAGAGCACGAUAUUAACUUGUCAGAACACUCCCAGCUCGACAGAGAAACCGCCGAUAAAAUCUUUGAAGAAAAGGCAUAUCAGCAGGGUGUACUCGGAAACCUAUUUGCCCUCGCCAUCAACUUCAACGCCAAAAUUGCGAAAAACCCAGUCAUCGCACCUUUCCUUCCCGGUCAGAAAACUAGAAGACGACCUCGAGGAGGACCAGGACCAGACAGACAGCAACGAACACCAAAUAAAAGAUUCCGCCCCAGUUACGACCUGCGAAGCCGCUACAAACACGGAAAAUACCCCGGACUUAACCCAGGACAGCAACAGAUUCCAAUCAUGGCAAAUAACCAAGGAGAACCAGAAAUGGAUACUGAUGGACCAGGAAACCAGACUGAUGCAGUUCAAGGAGCAACUGGAGCAGGAGCCACUGGUGGAACAGGAGGAGGAGGACAAGUCCCCACAAUGAAUCCAAGACCUAUACAAACAGAAGAAUCCUACCUCUGGGAUAUGUGGAGACAAUCUACACCAGUUGUAGCAACUAAAAAACCUAUGAACACUCAAUGGAACGGCUGUAACGCCGUAGGUGCAAGAGGAGGACCAGCACAUGAUGGAUUCAUCACUUUGUAAAAUUUUUUGUAAAU